GAUGGAUGCCCCACCAACAAGUUAUAGAUCGCGCUAGAGUGUUAUUUUAUUUGUUUGUUGUUUUGUUUUAUUUUAAAUCAGCGUGUUUCUUUUCUCCUCUUUUUGCCGUUCAAAAGAAAAAUGUUAAUGUCGUUUUUGCUCAGUGCACUGAUUUUAUGCGAGAGAGAAGCGCUAGGCCAGCUCUCCGCGACCGGAAACGGGACGAGCCGGAGCCCGAGCCCGAGCCCGAGCCCCCCUCCUAUGCAUGGCGAUGCUGGGGGAAGCUUCACGUUCUCAACGCACCGAGAGAUUCCGCGGCGACAGCAGCAAAUCCCCCAACGCUUGUCCGGUUCAAACUUCAACCUGAAGGUACAGGUCACUGACAUGCUGACUCGUCAGUACUUGAGCCAGGCAGAGGUGGAUCUGUACGUCAAUUACACCAGAACCAACACAGUUCUUACAGGGGAGGAGGGCAGUGUUUUCCUCCAAGUACCUUUUCAAACUGGGUCGCCUGUCACAGUCGUGGCGUGCAAGGACAGCUAUGUUUGCACAUUGCUUCCAUACAGAACUAUACGGACACCAAUAUUUUCUUCGGUGACUAUACCACUCCGCCGUUUGACACAAGGAAGCAUCUGGCUUUUUGAAGACUCUGUCCUGAUCACAGACCAAACAUCUGAUGCUUCAUUACAGCCUGUUGUCCAGUUCCCAAAGAGUCUGCUGAACGUGACCGAAGGCAGUGACAUCGCCUCUUUUAAAGCUUACGUGACCACCCCGAAGCCAAUUUUACGGGAACGAGACUUUGUCAAGACCUUAGCCAUCAUGAGCAGAACAACAGGCUACAUCAGCAUGGAUUUGAAUCCCGUUGCGGCAGUUAGUGUGCGACUGUUCUCCGGAGAAACGGAGCUGCAUAUCAGUGGACCCAUAAAGAUCAGCCUAACUCUUCCCGACAACUGUGGACUGCAGUCUUCAAACGCAGUUCCAGCAUGGUUAUAUAAUCGCACCACUGGUGGUUGGAUGAGACAGGGAUUGGGGACAGUGGUCUCAGAGGGUACAAAAUUGAGUUGGACAUUCACCGCUCCUCAUCUUGGUUAUUGGAUUGCUGCGCCUAUGCCAACAAUUGAAGAUGUCUUUACACCUGUCGUCCUCAGCGACCUCUUUGACAAUUAUUCACCUUACCUGAUGGUCAUUCUUGGAGGAAUGCUUUGUAUUUUUGCCUGUCUUCUUGCUGGACUGUUAUAUUGUCACAGAAACUCUUCAAGGCAAACUAAAGUGACGCAGAUGCUUCCACUGACGACAAAAGAUGAAUCCACCACAACUGGCAGCAAUGAAGACAUUGAACGAUCUUCUCCAUUUGCCGGAAACAUGGAUGGCCAUCAUAAUGUCAGCGUAUCCAUCUAUAAUGGCAAUAUUAUACCCAAUCCCAAUGCAUUGGCCAGCAGCGCUGAAGCCAAUGAUGUGAUUCCUUCAAGCAAUACAACGGACCUGAUACGAAUUCCCGCUCCUCUAACAGACUCUCUGGUAUUUUACAACCAGCCUGUUGCCUUUCUGCAUGCGUCUGCAUUUUUCCAAGUGGAAGACCAACAAGAGCAGCCCCACUGGAGCAAGUCAAUGGCUUCGUACACUGGUGGCCCAGCGAAACUGAGUGAAGAAAGCUGCAGCCAAAAUGUGUCACAAAGUUCCUCUGCCACUGAGAAGCAGGAAGGAGAUACUGAAAAACAGGUUGACAAUUUGGAAAAUGCUCAUUUACCAACAACCAGAGGCCAUUAUAGUCUCCUAGAAUCUGCAUCAGUUCCAGAAACAUUAAGUAAAAUGAGGACCAGUAGACACUCGAUGGAUGCUGCCACAGAACUUUCAAAAAGGCCUUCAUCACAGCCUCCCCGGGCCUGGUUUGUGAGUCUGGAGGGCAAACCCGCGGCCGAGAUCCAUUACGCCGUGGCAGAGCAGCAACGGAGAAGAAGAGCGACAGAAAGUCAGGAAACCAGUUUGGAUUCAGGUGUGGAUAUGAUCGAGAUGAACCAGACACACGGGAGGAGAGCUGUAACUCUGGAGAGGAACACUACCUUCGUAAAGAGGACAUCCAGCAACAAAGAUACGUCUCGGUAAAAAUCAACGAGCAGUGUUCAGGUCUGCAGUGCUUGAACUGGAACGGCAUCAGAUGUAAUUUCUGUACGUCAUGACGUGAAUGAUUGAGUUCAGACAAAUCAGAAUGCGAGCUACGUCUGCAAUUUACUAGUUGUUGAGUUAAAAUGUGAUUCCUUUGCUCACAAUUUUACUGUAACUGAACAAGAUGUGAUUCAUUCCUUCCUCGAUUAGUUAUUUUGAAAGAACGACUUGCAUUUUGGGGGCCACUGUCCUGUAAAACAAAAAAAUUGCUCAUAACAUCCCAUGGUGGGGCAGCAAUGGUUUCAUCAAAUGACGCUUAACUGGGCAGACAUCAUAAUCGGACAUAUGAAAAAAUCUCAAAGAUCCAGGCCAGAAAUUGAAGAGUUUCUUAUUUUGGGUUGAAACAGGUAUUUUGGCCCAAUUUCAAGGCUCCUGCUUUGGGAAACUCAGGUAUUGGAAAAUUGUAAAUCUUUUUUUGCCAGUGACAAUGACUCAUUUGUAUAAUCGGGUGCCAAGGGAAAAAUGUUAACCCUCAGUUGACAACAAACACGACAAGCACAUUGACAAUAAUAAUGGAUACAAUUUUAUACAAGCAAGGAGAAAGUUCAAAUACAACAUGGCAUUCAGAAGUGAUAAUAUAAUAACAUACACACACGCACACACAUAC